GAGUCAAGUUGAUGUUUUUUCAGUCACAUUUCUUGCGGUACCAGGACCUUUCGGCACCAAGACCUGAGGUCCGUGUAAGACGAAACUCGGCUGGCUACACGACAGGUCAAAGUUCGAAGACUCCAAGAUGGCUGCCAGGCACACGUUUUUUCUCGUCAGUUCGACUUCACAGCGGAUUUUUAGCCUUGGAGCGAGGUUGCGCUAUGUCAGACGAGGUGUCCACACUGCAGCAUGUUUACUGAAGAAGGACAGUGGCAGGAAAACAGACAGCAGUGAUGGAGAGGUGGACCCCCGACUGGUGGCAGCAGCUAAAGACGUGGCCUCCAGUCUGGGGGGAGGGGAGAGGGUGGAGUCUGCACUGCUGCAGCAGCUCAGGAGACAUGAGGACACCACGUCCGCAGCGAAGUCCGCAGUCACGCCUGCAGAGACAUCUGCAGACAACAGCAGUCUGGGGGACCUGAUUUCUGGAUUACGAGUGGUACAAGGCCAGAAGACCAACAGGAAUGCAACCAGGGGGAACAGGUCGGAGGUGAAGAACUUUCGUCAGGAAUUUCAGCAGACGAGACAAACUCAGCCCAGAUCAGAGCAAGUCUUCAGGAAAGAGAGGAGGUCGUUGUUUGAGGGGAAACGACUGGGAAUCUUCAUGCAGGAGGAGGUUAACAGCUGGGAGCCUGAUGCACCUACAUUGUGGGAUGAGGAACAGAAAGCAGAGCUGGAGGCACAAGUGGACCGUCCUCCUCGUAACGGGUUUGAGGAGAUGAUACAGUGGACAAAGGAAGGCAAGAUGUGGACCUUUCCCAUCCAGAAUGACCAAGGUCUGGAAGAAGAGGCAGCUGUUGGUUUCCAUGAACAUGUGUUCCUAGAGGAUCUACUAGAGGGUUUCCCAGAGAAGGGACCCAUCAGGCACUUCAUGGAGCUGGUGGUAACAGGGCUCUCCAAAAACCCCUACCUGACCCUGCAGCAGAAGAGAGACCACGUGGACUGGUUUAAGAAUUAUUUCCAAGAAACGGAGCCCAUUCUUAGAGCUUCGGGUUCCUUGACUGCAUAACCUGCUAUGUGAGAACCUUGGAAAUCUAGUCGGGAACAAUCUUCGGCUCUUGUCGUCUCGCAAGACGGUCGACAGCUAAUAGGUAACCUGUAUCUGAUGUUUGAAACAUCGACUCAUGAAAUACAUUAUAUGUGGUUGGGAACAAAGAGCUUUGUUAUUGUGAUAGGCCACACUGCCUGUGGUAUGAUUCAGCAGAGUUGACUUAGAAAUUAAAACAAA